AUGAAUUAUACAAGUUAUUUCUUGGUUCUUCAGCUUUGCAUCAUUUUGGGUUCUUCCAGCUGCUAUUGCGAGGGCAGUUUUUGGAAUGAGAUACAGAUCCUAAAGGAGUAUCUUAAUGCAACUGAUUCAUCUGUAGCAGAUGGCGGGCCUCUAUUCUUAGGUUUCUUGAGGAAUUUGACUGAGGAGAGUGACCAAAAAAUAUUCCAGAGCCAAAUUGUCUCCAUCUACUUCAAAAUCUUCCAAAACCUAGAACACCACGAGCGCAUCAAAGAAAACAUCAAAUCCAGCAUCAAAGCCAUCAGAGAAGAUCUCUUUGCUAAAUUCUUCAAUAGUGACAAAACAAAAAUUAGUAACUUCACUGAGCUGAUUAAAACUCCGGUGGAUGACCGGAUGGUCCAACGCAAAGCUGUAAGUGAGCUCUUUAAGGUGGUGCAAGAUUACCUGUCAUCCACACCCAACUUGAGGAAGCGCAAAAGACGUCAGAAUCUGUUCCGGGGCCGGAGGGCAUCAAAAUAA